AUGGCAGCUCUAGGCCCAGAAGCCGCACAGGCCGGACUCAUUGUACCAUCCGAAAAGAGCCAGCAUGCAAAGCAUUUCGGGCUCGCAUCGCCAUGGGAACAUUACUACCAUCCUACCGAUACUGCUCCUCAAGGUCGCUUUGAAUGCGAGAUGGACGAGCUAGUCGUAUUUGGUGACAUCCCCACGGAGAUCAGCGGUACCUGGUAUCGGAUGCUCGUCGAUCCUCAUUUUUGCCCGCAAGUAGGAACCCCUUUCGUCGACGGGGAUGGGCACGUUUGUGCCUUUCGAAUCCAAAACGGCAAGAUCUCUAUGAAAAUUAAAUAUAUCCACACUGAAAGAUGGCUACUGGAGCGUAAGGCUGGUCGUCGCCUUUUCGGUCGCUACCGAAACCCUUACGACAUUCACCCAUGUGUGCGGUUUGCGAAUGACAGCACUGGAAAUACCAACAUCAUUUACUGGGGUGGGAAUCUUCUCGCGUUGGCUGAAAGAGGACUUCCAUGGGCGAUGGAUCCGGACACCCUUGAAACAAGAGGCGCGGAUCCAUACGGUGGUCAGGUUGCUGCGAUGACCUUUACGGCUCAUCCCAAAGUUGAUCCUCACAAGAAUGAGCUCGUCACUUGGAGUUACUCUGCCAAGGGUUUAAGCACACCGGACAUUUGCACCUACUCGAUUAAUCCCAAUGGGCGUAUCUCCAAUGAACACUGGUUUAAGCAGGAUAAGCCUGGGUGGCCGCACGAUGGCUGGAUUACCGAACAUUGGAUCAUCCUUUCCAACAUGCCAUUCGGCGUAAACACGGAUGAGGUAAUGAAAGCUGGGGGUGACUACUGGAGAUUCAUGCCUGAUCAACUCUCGGAGUUUCUGGUCACUCCACGCUAUGCAAACGCCCCGAAUCAUCCGGACUGGAAGCCGGGUGAGUUCCGGAAGUACACCGCUCCCCACGGUCUGAUCAUCCACAGCGGCAACGCGUGGGAAGAAGAAGGUGGAAUUUUGAAGCUUGAAAGCCACUUUGUCACCUUCAAUGUCUUUGACUUCUUCAACCCGAAAGAGUACGAGGGUCCUAGUGGCAAACCCAGCGGUGAUUGGAAACGUUGGACCAUCGAUCUUGCCAAGCCUGAUGGAACUGCCCUGCCACCACCUGACACAUUGCUAGAUGGCAUCUUUGACUUUCCCAUCUUCGACGAGCGCAAGACCGGUUACAAGACCAAGAUCGUCUAUCUGACCGCUAUGAUCGCCCCAGAAGGAGAGGAAAGACCCCGUUUCAACGCAAUCGUCAAGUUGAAUACGGAGACGGGCGAGAAGUCAAUUUUUCAUGCAGCAAAAGACGGAAGUGUUGCGGAGCCUGCAUAUAUCCCUCGAGGUCCUGACUGUGAAGAAGGCGAUGGUUGGGUCAUAUUUUACUUGGAGCGAGAUUCGUCGCCCAAGGGAGAAUUGGCCAUCCUCGACACCAAUGACUUCUCAAAACCGGUGGCUAUUACGCAGUUGCCUUUUCAAACACGCAACCAGGUCCAUGGGAAUUGGGUUCCGAAUCCCCAUCCUGAUACGCCUUUGCCAAUGUUGACGGGUCCUAUUAAAGAUGUGGUGCCCAGUACCAAGCACUCCCAGCUGAAUAGGCUUCCAUAG